GCGGUUCCACUUUUAUUCGGCGUCGCAGCAAACAGGCGAGACCCACGCGCAAUGGGCUGCGCGACUUAGGGGGCUCGCAGCGCAUUGUGAUUUCAAACACAUUCAAGACACACUUCUGGAUAAGUUCGUCAUGGGUAUGACGCCAGGUCGCGAGCGAGAGAAGUUAUUCUCCAAGGACGUCAGUGAACUCACGUUAGCGAAUGCCAUCGAGUUGGCAGAAAGCGUGCGGUGCGCGCGCACCGCCGCCAGCACGACCGCGGCGUCAGCGCCGGGGCCGUCGUCCGCCGGAGCCGAAAAUGUGUUCAAGAUCGCGAAUACUUCGGGAGCGGAGACAGAUCGUGCUAAGUGUCAAGUGUGUGGUUCUGCCAAUCACCAAUCGAAUAAGUGCAAGUUCGCGUCAUAUAAGUGCCAAAAGUGCAAGAAAAAGGCCAUCUUCGUAGAAUGUGCAAAAAUGUCAAGUACAUGGAGGCGGGGGAGGUGAGCGAGGACGAUGACGGUGAGUUAUUUAACAUUCGCUCCGUAGACGGUUCCCCGAUGUGCGCAGAUGUGGUAAUCAAUGGAUUAAA